GCAUUAUGUUACCUUUCUGAAGUAUUUUACAAUAACAAACGAAGAAUCAAACGUUAUCAAUAAAAUAGCAAUAUAAAAAAUAAAUCAUGAUCUUUAACCACGUUAUGAUGUUAGAAGUUGUUAUCGUCUGCGCAAUUUUUGUUCAGAACACGUGGAGCGUUCCGAUCCAUAAACAACCGGGAUCGACUUUGCAAGAAAGUUUGGCAAGGCAUAAAAGGUCAGAUUACACCGUUGAGUUUAAAAUGAAUAGUGAAUCACAUCAAAACUUAAAGGAAAAUCAAACCUUAAACGAAAUUGCCGAUGCUAGUGUGCAGGACUUUAAUAACGAUCUUGUAUGUCCAGAUGAAGUUUCAACAAGAGCAUCGGAUCCGGUACACAAAAGGUCAAGUUGUCCCUGGUACUACAAAGUAACACAUGAACCAAGGAGAUGGCCAGUUACCAUUAUUGAAGCAGAAUCACUCUGUCCCUAUGCCAUUGGUUCUAACAAAGGAUUAGAGUGUACUCCGGUGACACAGGCAAUGUCUGUGCUGAUUCAGGACACUCAAAAAGACUCACAGGGGUUGUACGUAUGGAAGCAGAAAACUAUUCAAAUCGCUGUAGGCUUCACAGCAUCUGGUAGACGUAUUGCUAAAAACCAAACCCUUUCCCCCUCCCACACCCGCAUAAAAAGAUGA